AAUAAAAUACACCGUCGAUUGACAACUAAACAUAUAAAAUAACAUAAAAGAAAAUAUUUGUAUUUUUGCAAUUUAAGCAAUUUUAAUGGAAAACUAAUUAAAUUUUACAAUAUGCCAACAAAUAUAGUAAAAGAAUUUAAGAAUCUGGAAAACAAAUCUUUGAAGGAUUUAUAUUUUCAUGUUGUGGCCGAAGAUGGAGUAAAAAGGAAUAUUUGUGCAUUGGACAAACACUGGGCUCCCCGCUCAAUAUUUUCUAACUACACCAGUUUGGUGGUAGCUGGAGGAUAUUACAAAACAGGUGCCGCUUUACAGGAAUGGCAACAUGAGGCAGACAAUUUCAAAAAUGAUUUGGAGUUUCUGUUAAGCUUAAAACACUAUGAAUUCUGGUCCUAUAUGGUGUUUCAGAAAUCGGCUUUAGGCUGCGUAGUUUCGUUCCUUCAAAAAGCCACACCAUUUUAUAUAAACAUCUGCACCGAGCCGCCAAGCGACUAUGUGCAAGACCUUUAUGAGACUUUACUCAAUUUGGUAUUGCGUAUUAUUUGCCGGCUAUUAACACCCAAAGAGUCAGCUGACUCUUGGCUGAAAAAGGAUGAUAUGCGAGAAUUAAUCUAUAAAAAUUUUCUUAUUUCUGUUCCCAUGCUCUUUGAUCUUUUGGUAGCUGUGGGUAAUGCUACUCCCGAUAAUGGUGCCAUAUUGCAAAGAAUAUUUGACACUCUGCUGAGCAUAGAACCCAAUUAUAAAAAAGAUUUAAUUGCUGCAUUAAACUUCUUUCGGGCUGCUUUUCGUUCCAUUCAAACUCAAACGGAGAAUGAAGGUUUUGAGGGGGCAGGUGGUGGUUUGCCCGAUGAUAAUUGUGAAACACCCUUUGAUGAUGUGGCCCUGUACACUUUGGAUUGUGCCUUUACCUUAAGUGUUCUGCUGGAUGUUUGUCCCUCUGUUAGAACAUUGUGUGGUGAAAUUAAGUUGGGCCAAAGUAUAGCCAAUUUUUAUGACAAUACUUUGCCAUUUCUGUAUAAAAAUAUUUAUUCAAUUAACGAAUCAGCCAAAAGUUUAAUGUGGCUAAAUCAGGCUCGUUUGCAAUUCCUGCAAGCAUUUCGAAGUAUUUCUUACUCCUAUGUGGAGGCUGUGUUGGCGAAACCUAAAGUCAGUAUAAUGCCCACGGAAGAAUUUAUUGCUUUAUUAACUGAGUGCCUGUCGGAACAAACAUUUGUUAUAGACUAUGAGCGACACUUUUCAGUGGCUUUGGACAUGGAGAUCUUGAAACAGGCCUGCGAGGAGUUAGACACAUUUAAAGCCAAUUUUGUUGUGCAGGGUUAUCGAAAAGAAGCCGAAACCUCGAGUAAGGAAACCAUAAACAAUUUACAGAACUUAAUAGCAAAUCAAGAGUUAGCAAACUUCAAUGAUGUCGUUAGCCAACCAGAACCCAUGGUCGAAGUUAAACCAACAGCAAAUAAAACCAAACCAUCAACCGAACGAGAUUUGGAAUUGGAAGUUGCUAUGGUUUUAGAUUGUUUACCUCAUUUGGGUACUGGUUUUGUGAGACGACUUAUAUCACGCUAUGACACCAGCGAAGAAGCAAUAUCAGCUGUACUGGAAGACAAUUUGCCACCUGAUCUAGCCGAGGCCGAUCUCAAUGAAGUUUAUAUACCACCCGAUCUUCAAGAUAAAGUUUAUGAACAGACUGGCGUCAAACACUUUAAUAUUUAUGAUGGUGAUAAGUAUGAUGUAAUGACCCAGGAUAAUCCCCAGUGCAUUAUAAAACAAGGCAAAGGUUUUCCCAAUGCCCCUCAAAAUGCCACCCAACUAUUGGACGACAAAAGAGAUUUGGCUGCCAUAAAACAUCGUUAUCAGGAGUAUUCAAUGGUCAGUGAACGAGAUCCAGAAGAUGACGAAUACAACGAUGAAUAUGAUGAUAGUUAUGAAGCUUUACUAGAAACUGAAAGACGUGUGGUGAAGUCAAAAGAUCUUAAAAAUGUAAUGGCCAAUGUUGCCGAUGAAUCGGAGGAGAGUGAAAGUGAAGAGGAGGAUGCUAGUCAACAGGCGGACAAUCAGCGCAAUAAAAAUGCAAAUUUCUGUGAAAAUCCAGAAGAUAUAAGAGCUCGCUAUGAAGCCAGGCGCCAGGCAAAAUGGUCCAAGAAAGGAAAUGUUGUGCCACAGCAGCAACCCCAAGACGUGGUGGGUCGUAGCAAAGGUCAGGGCCAGGAAAAAGAUGUUUUACGUAAUCGUCAGAAAAAGGAGGCACAUAAGUCGUCUAGAGCUAAUCACAAUCGUAAGGCGGGCGCUUCUUUCAAACAAAGUAAGGGUAUGUUUUAAGUAAAAUUAUUAUUUUUUUUGAAUAUGUAUAUUGAUAUUUAAUCUGAAUUAAAUAAAUUUUUGGUAAAUGUAAAGCAAAUAUAGCACAAAAA